AUGGUUAAGUGGAACUUGUUCAAGCACCAGACAACGCCCAUGGUCGCCGCUGCCAAGCCAACAGGGGCCAGUGCCUUGACUGUGACUCCUGCCCCUGUUGCACUCGUCUCUGCGGACAACUCCACCGAGCCGGUCAGCAAGAACGAUGCCUUUGACGAGAUCAAAAACAAGUUUCUGAAUGAAAUCGAUAAGAUCCCACUGCCAUCCUGGGCCAUCAUUGCCAUUGCUGUGGUCGCUGCUUUGCUUAUUCUAACUUGCUGCUUCUGCAUCGUCAAGAAAUGUUGUUGCAAGAAGAAGAAGAACAAGAAGGGCAAGAAAGGGAAGGGUGACAUGGGGAUGAAGAACCUCAAAGGAGGAGAGAAACAACAGGACGACGAUGACGAGGAAGAUGAUGUUGAACCCGGACUCACUGGAGAUGAGAAAGAAGAGGAGGUGAAGGAGAAAGAGAAGCUUGGAAAGCUGCAGUACUCCAUUGAUUAUGACUUUCAGGAAAACAAGCUAACUGUGGGAAUCUUGCAAGCUGCUGAUCUCCUGUCUAUGGACAGUGGUGGAACCUCUGACCCCUAUGUCAAGGUCUUUGUCUUACCUGACAAGAAGAAGAAGUUUGACACAAAGGUUCACAAGAAAACCCUCAACCCAGUCUUUAAUGAGACUUUUAUCUUCAAGAUUCCAUUCCAAGAGAUGGGGGGAAAGACUCUGGUUAUGUCUGUCUAUGACUUUGAUCGUUUCUCAAAACAUGACGUCAUUGGCGAGAUUAGAAUACCCAUGAACACCCUUGACCUGGCGAAACCAAUUGAAGAGUGGCGUGACUUGGACAGCGCGGACCAAGAAGAGCCGGAGAAGCUUGGUGACAUUUGCAUCUCUCUUCGUUAUGUUCCAACUGCUGGUAAACUCACAAUCUGUAUUCUGGAAGCCAAGAACCUGAAGAAAAUGGAUGUUGGAGGCCUUUCAGAUCCCUAUGUGAAGAUUAAUCUGCUGCAGAAUGGAAAGAGGCUGAAGAAGAAGAAGACAACAGUUAAGAAGAACACAUUGAAUCCUUACUAUAACGAGUCGUUCAGCUUUGAGAUUCCUCUUGAACAAAUGCAGAAAAUCCAAGCUGUGAUCACAGUACUGGAUUACGACAAAAUCGGUAAGAACGAUGCCAUCGGGAAGAUAUGGGUGGGCAGCAAGUCCACCGGAGCCGGGCUGAAACACUGGUCCGACAUGUUGGCCAACCCCCGACGUCCCAUCGCCCAGUGGCAUCCAUUGCAGCCAGAGGAGGAGGUGGAUGGUGCCCUCGCAGCUUUGGCCGCCAAGAAGUAA